AUGCAAUACUCAAAGCUUGCUAUCUUGGCUGCCGUUUCAGGUUCUGCUUUAGCUCUGUAUGGAGGAUACUCAAACAAGACUGUGACUGAUAUCGCCACAACUGUUAUCACCAUUACUUCUUGUAAAGAAGACAAAUGUACUACUAAACCAGUUACCACUGGUGUAACUACUGUGACUGAAUGGGACACCACAUACACCACUUACUGUCCAUUGCCAUCAACUGAAUCUGAACCUGAACCAGAACCAGAAACUGAAUCUAUUUCAGAAACUGUUAUUACCUCUGGAAAAUCUACAAUUACUACUGGUUUAACUACAGUUACUGAAGGUACAACAGAAUACGUUACCUACUGUCCAUUGCCAUCGACUGAAGCUCCAGCUCCAGAGAAACCAGCUCCAUCUCCAGAAGCUCCAGCUCCAGCUCCAUCUCCAGAAGCUCCAGCUCCAGCUCCAGCUCCAGCUCCAUCUCCAGAAGCACCAGCUCCAGCACCAGCUCCAGCACCUUCCCCAGCUCCAGCUCCAGCUCCAGCACCUUCCCCAGCUCCAGCUCCAGCUCCAGCUCCAGCACCUUCCCCAGCUCCAGCUCCAGAAAAACCAGCUCCAGCUCCAGCUCCAGCAUCAUCUCCAGCAGCUCCAGCUCCAGCUCCAGCUCCAACUACCCCAACUACUGUUGCAGCUGAAUCCAAAUCUGCUCCAGCUGAGAGUGUGCCAACUGUACCAGCCGUUGCAGCUGGAGCUGCUCAAAAAGCUGUUCCAGUUGUUGCUGGUUUAUUGGCUUUGGGAGCUUUUAUCUAA